UAGCAGAUGAGAUGAGAGAUAAGUAGAUGACACAUUCACAGUUGCUAUAGUUGUUGCUGCCACUGCCUAUUAGCUAGCUUCCUCUCAUUCGUAAGUGGCAGCUUCUUCUUCUUCUUCUUCUUCUUCUUCACUUCCUCUCUCUACAUCUACCCAAGAACACCUUCUCUCUCUCUAGCUCUCUCUCUCUCUCUAAGCUAGCCAAGAAGAGAGUGAAGAGCUAGCUUAGUGUGAGUGUGUUGGUGGCUGCUAUGGCGAGCACGAACGGCAAGGAGGAGGUGUAUGUGAAGGAGGGGAGCAAGCUCUACUCGAGGAUGAUGUCCAAGGAGGCGGCGGCGGCGGCGGCGCCGCUCGCCGUGCCGUCGUUCAGGGUGUACUACGGCGUCGCGUCGGCGGGAUCCGUACCGUUCCUGUGGGAGUCGCAGCCCGGCACGCCCAAGAGCUCGCCCUCCACCGCCGUGCUCCCGCCGCUCACGCCGCCGCCCUCGUACUACGCCUCCGCCGGCAAGAAAGGCGGCGGCGGCGGCGCCUCGUCCGGCUCCAGGAGGAGCGGCUGGUCCGCCGGCGGCGCGCGCGGCGUCCUCGGCGCCAUGUUCCGGCGGCCGUGGCGCCGGACGUCGCCGUGCUCCACCUCCUCCUCCUCGUCGUGGUCCUACUCCUCGCCGUCGUCCGUGUCGAUGUCGCCGGUGUUCACCGUGCACCAGGCGUCCCCCAUGGCGGUGGCGCGCUCCCACCACACGCGCGCGUGCUCCGCCGGCGCCGCCUACGACGACGCCGCCGCGGCGAGGUGCUUCGGCAUGGAGCGCGAGUGCGAGAGGGGGCUCGUGAAAGGGUGCGGCGUCGCGGUGGCCGUCAGGAACGCGCUGUCGUCGGUCGUCGGCCACAAGUCCGGCGGCCACGGCGGCGCGCCGCCGGCGGCGGCGGCGGCGUAUUAAAUCCCUCCGCUGCACAUGCACGCUGGCCGCUAGUAUGUACUGCUAUCUAAUUUGCGUUUUUUCCGGGGUGUUCUUUGCAUUUUGUACGCCAUAGUACAAACAUGUACGUACUUACUCUACGUGAUAAUAUGGAGGAGAAGUAAUUAAGUGUAAGGUUUUAGCCGUGUACGUAUUUCUCUGUAGCCGUAUACGUAUAUUAUACGGUCAUGCAUGCAUGUCCUGAAAAUAUGUGUGCUUGUUCAGUUGUUCCAAAAGUUGAUGGGUACAUUACCAUGGAUAUGGUGACGAUGAGCAGAAUAGAUUUGAUCUAAAUUUUCUCCUCCUCUUCUCAAGUUCAUAGAAAAUUUAUGCAUAAAAAAUAGAUAUAUAUUUCGACUUCGAGUCGUCGGUAAUUAGUUAA